CGGAUUUUGCAUUGCACACGACUUGGACUGAUCUUCUAUACACCAAACCCUAUACCAAACAUUUUCAACUUCAACUCUUCACCUUGAAGCCAUCAUGAAGACCGCCGCCUUCAUCGCCGUCGCCCUCUCCGGCCUCGCCCUCGCUGCCCCCAGCUUCAAGCGCACUGGUACCGAGUGGAAGGACCUGACCGACCUGAAGUAUGCCAACUCGGUCCCCGUCUCUAUCGCAAAGGGUGACCGCGCCGCCGUCAAGCGAGCCGCUGCCGAUGUUCCCGUCAAGGACCUCCGCAACCUCAAGUACUCCAAUGAUAUCCCCGUUGCAAAGAAGCCCGCCUCCGCAUAAGCGAGCCUAAACUCCUGCGAUGUGAGGAGCUUCCUUCUUGUAUAUAAACGUUUUUUGAUGACACAACCACAUUCUAUUUACGCCUGCGCAUCGGGCUGUUGAUAUGAUUAGUCGCCGCCGGUUGUACAUAUUGUUGUCGGCGAUGAUUUCGAUGCGCUAGAUGUGGAUGUAUAUAUGACUCGCAAUGUAUAUAUGAAAUGCACGAUUUUGCUCUGCCAAAAUGCUUAUAUGCCCCUUUAUUCC